AUUCAUAUUUUAUAAUGCUUUUAAUACAAUUAUUUCGCCAAACUUGUGUGCUCCGCAUUGCAAAACUUGUUCGUUCAGAGGCAAAUAGUUCGAACUUUGAAUCGUGCUACAUGUUGCUUUCAAACAGUGAGAAUCUGCUGCAUCUUCAACAUGUUUGUCAUACAAUUCCCAACCGUUUCGUUGCUAUGGUGUUUUGUGCCGCCAUCAUGGAUUUACGCACACAAGUUUAGCUUAUACACGAAUCUGAACAGGUCAAAAAUAUGAAAUGGACUCGCUACUUCCCUUUCUGACGCAUUGCUGUCGAUUACUUCAAUGGCGGCCAUCACUAAUUCUUAUGAAUCGGUUCGUAAAUUAACGAGUAGCACAAAUUAUAUUGCGCUUUCUUACUCCAAUGUGUUUCAAAUCUUUGCUUUAUAUUCACCACAUUUAAUAACUAGUAGUAUCAACACUGAGCAACUCGUUGGUUGCGGUAUUAUCAGUUCGAAACGAUUUUGCAAAGUGUUCGGUUGUAUUAAAUUAAUAUUGGUGAAUUUGUUUAAAUUUCUGGAACAAAUAGAGAAAUUAUUGUAAAAAAAUUGGAGUAAUUGAAAGGGAAAUAUUCGCAAAAGAUAUAAUGUCGCUACUAAAGGAACUCUAAAUAAGUGUAAGACGAUACAUGACAUCAAAUUCUGCACGCUGUCAAUAUAUGUAUUUGUUUGAAGCAAUUUUUUAUACAUUGAAGUGGCUUCACAAUUGUUGAAUCCACGAACGUUACUACAGUAUACUUCAAAGUUUUGUUUAUAUCGCCAACGCGGAAUGAAAUGAUUUUUCACAUAAUUGAUCUUUGCAUUGGGUGUAUUAUUGCAACAACAAACAAAUUAAAUUGAGAACCUUACAAGUAGUGACUGUUCUGCAAUAAUAGCAAUUGUUAUUAUGACUACAUUGGCAGCAUUGUCUAAUCCUGUCACUAAUGAUUCUGCCGGUAAUGUGGGCUGUAGUUCAUCCACAGCGAAUGGGGGAAACAACAACAGCAACAAUGUUGAGCGACGUUGUGAGAAUGCAGACUGUAAUGUCAUUAAACUGGUGUCAAUGGUGCCAAAACGCAAAAUAACACAAUUUGUAACAGAGCCUUCUGUAAUGGAGAAACCAAUGCUGAUAAAUGGUUUUACAACUGUUUUUCAAGUGGAAGGAAAUUCUGCAAAACUAAGUGAUUUAAAGAAUCCGAAUCCAAGCACAACACCCCAACCAAAAAGUAUUUUUCGUAUUGUUCCAAACACACAUGCUCAUAUAGUGAAUUACGUUGUAGUCGAUGCUGAUGGCGAUUCAUUGCGUAAAAUCAAUGAAGGUGAUCCGGCUACAAUGCGGAAAUUACUUGAGUCACAAAAGGUCAGUGCCGAUCAAAUGUUGAAAAAGCUCAUGGCAGGACAUGGUCCCAGCGUUCCAAUUGUCUGCAGCACAUCGCCUGCUUCAACAAGUGUGAGUACCGUAACACCUGUGACACCAUUAAAUGUACGUAAUGUAAUGACUGCGAAUAACACUACAACUACUACGACUGUUAAUACAGCAAAUGCAAAUCUUCGUGCAAAUAUUACAACAGUUGCAGGAAAUUCAACACCGAAUAGUUCUACGAAAUCUUCAGCGUCAAUACAGUUACCUAUACGAAUGCACCCAAACUUGAAGAUAACUGCUGUGGCAAGCAGGGAAACAAUUGGACAAUUGGUGGAACCAAAUAUUGGCACACAACCGUCAGCCCAAGUGGCGCCACCACCACCAGCACCUACUGUGCCAAUAAUUACGCCUAUACCAUUGGCAAAUUUGCAGAGUUCCCCUGCUAAUGUGAUUUCUAGCCAACCAACGGAUAAAACAAAUAUUGAUAAAAUGCAAGCGGAACUUGCGGAGUUGCGUCGUACUGUGGCUAUGUUAGCUGAAGCAAUGCCAAUGAAUCCUCAAGCACAGAAAGCGCUCCAACAAACAACAACAACUCAGCAACCGAUACGUGGUGUAACCGUGAAAAGGCAGCGCAUUAAUUAAACAUGUAUACAACUUUUUAUAAGGUUAUACGUCAUAGCUAAAGCCAUUACAUUUGAAUGCGAUAUUUUAGAAUAAAAUAAUGAUUACAUAAUCAAAGGAAAUAAAUGCUUUGUAAUAGUCCGAAAUGGAACUAAA